GUCACUGCUGACGCUUUUUGCGUAAUAAUCUCUCGCUUUCUUGUUGCUUUAUUCAACACAGACAUAUUAUGUUUAACGACUAUAACGACGAUGACGCCUUUCCUUCGUCUUUUUUUGGGGGUUUGCGUCCUACAUUAGGUGGAUUUAUGAAUCCCAAUAGAGGGUUUUCUGAAAACUAUCGUUGUUUUCCCGUCGCUAUGAUGCAAAACGGAAACGAAAGAGAAAGCGUCAAUUAUGGUGGCAAAAUUAUUUUGCCUCAGUCAGCCUUAGAAAAGCUGUCACAAUUAAAUAUUUCAUAUCCAAUGCUGUUCAAGUUGAUCCAUGGUACAGAAAAGAAGCACAGUCAUGCGGGUGUGCUUGAAUUUAUAGCUGAAGAAGGCCGAGUCUAUUUGCCACAAUGGAUGAUGGAAACAUUAGGAACAGAGCCUGGAAGUAUCAUUGAAGUUAAAAAUGUGACUUUACCACUUGGCUCUUUUGUUAAGAUUCAGCCUCAAUCCACAGACUUUUUAGAUAUCACGGAUCAUCGUGCUGUACUCGAAAAGGCUCUGCGCAAUUUCUCCACAUUGACAGUAGGCGAUAUCAUUCAAAUUAAUUACAACAAUAAGAUAUACGAAAUCAAAGUAUUGGAAGUCAAACCCAACUAUCAAGAACAUUUAGGUAUUUCAAUUGUUGAAACAGAUUUGGAGGUUGAUUUUGCACCACCUGUUGGUUAUGUUGAACCUAGUAAGGCACCUGCGCAGAUGAUGAAGAGUCAAAUGGUCAUUGAUUUGCCCAAGCCUGUCAAGACUGAAUUCACACCCUUUAGUGGAGGCGGACAAAGUUUAAGAGGAAAAAACAAAGCACCUGCUCGUGCAGAUACAUUAGACAGUACUUCAGAAGCAUCAAAUCAAGGUGAAGAUGAUGGACCACUAAAUCUACCUUUUGGUCAGCUUUACUUUGGAUUUUCUGUAGUUCCUCCCCCUUCCAAAGAAGACGAGCUAGAUGAAAACAAGAAGCAUGUAUUUACUGGAUCAGGUCAAACAUUAAGACCAAAAAAGAAAUAAGCUUCCAAAUAAAAUGGCCUUGAAAGGAAUUAAUUUGUGUCAC